GCCAAACCACCAACCUAUAGCCUAAACUACAACAUGCGCAUUAGUCAAGGCAAUCUGGAAUAGCCUACACGUCGGUGCGGUGGCGGCGGGUUUUGCGAAGGCUUCGGCUGCAGCAUCAUUCUCUAAUCUGUUCUGCCCUGUGUCUUGGAGUUUCAUUUUCUUCUGCCUUGCAACUUUGACUUAUUUAUCUUAUCACGAUCUCAUCCUUGUAAAACACGGACUGAUUCUGAUUAUUCUACAUGUGGGAGCAGUUCCUGUCGUUUUGCUAUUCCGACGCACGAGGGAAGAAGACGGGACAGCUGCCGUUCGAUAAUGUUUAGUCCGAAAAGAUCAGAUUUUUGUGACGACACGUUUUGAACCGUCACAUUGCUUUUCUAUUGUUUUUCACGGACACCUUUUAUUUACCCACUAUGAAUGUAUGUGGUAAGAAAGUAGUUUAUUGGAAUCUUUUGGGUUUAUGCAUUUUAUUUAUGUUUAAAAUGUGUUUUGUGUGUAUUAAGAAGAAUAACAUGACCGUUAUUUGGUCAUUUCAAAUAUGAAAAGUGUUAUUGAGGCUAUGCCUAGACCAUUUGUGUAGGCUAAUCAUCUUCGAAUGAAAGCGUAUUCUGUUGCACUGCGGUAAAUCACAGAUCUCAUCGCGCUGUCUGUCGUCAAUUGUUCGUUGUCACAUCUAUCCCUUGCCAGAUGUAGCGUUGCCAGAGAAAUUACAAGACGCUUUUCUACAGGUGCCGCCAGCCUUUUGUCACGAUGAGUGACUGAAAGAAAUUCAGACAGGUUUUUGCAUUAGUCUGAUUUCAAUCACUGAUUUCCUUAGUUUUUAUUCAAGGGGAAAAUAAAAUACCAAACAUUUACAAAGUAGCAUAACAUGUUUAUUUUGGACACAUUUUAGGAUUUUAGAUGUUGUGUAUCUUAUAUUCUCAUCAGAAGAAAGCCACCAGUAUUGACGAACAACUGCUAGCUACGUUAAUUUGUGUUUUAGAUAACAACAUUUUUAACUUGAAAGCCAUUUUUCUUAUCUGUGGAGUAUAGAUAAUAUUAGUCGAAUAGAGAAUACCAUACAGUAUAAGUAUAUAGAUGUAAAAUAUAGGCUCAAAUGUAUCCUUGACAUAAACAAUUGAUUGUAUUUUUAUCAAUUAUGUUUUAUUGAUUGUAUUACUGCCACUGGAGAUCUGAACAUGGUGAAGCUAUUUUAUAUAAAUGGUAUCUACAUAAAUAUAUCCAUUAUCGAAAUUAGAAUCUACAUUAUGGAAUCUUAGGUCCUAGGAAUCCUAUAGUCUUUGAUGUAGUAUUUAAUUGCGUUCUGUAAUUUGGGGUUGCCUACAGCUCAAAGUACAGAAAUGCUAUGGAACAAAAAAAACAAUAACAACUAAACAUCCAAACUGGGUCUGUUUUAUUGUGUUUGACGGUAUUAUAUGAGGGUACGGCCUUUAUUACAGUUCAAUAAAACAACAGUAAUAAAACAAAUUGUAAGAUCAACAAAGUAACUAUCUAGGAAGAAAAAGUAUUGGAUUCAAAACACUAACUUUUUUGUUUCAUAGUGAGACAGCUGUAUAAGCUGUUUUGCUGCUUCUUUCUGUCGGUGUUUGUGGAUUCUAUACAGCAUGAGUGUAUCCCAAUUAUUUGGAUUUUUUGCUCCACCAGGAUCUGAACAGACUGCAUCAUCUAUCUAAAUGAAUGAAUUCAGCCAUGCAAUGUUCCUGGAAGGCUGUGAUUCUGCUAGCCUUAGCGUCCAUAGCGAUCCAGUACACAGCCAUCAGGACGUUCACAGCCAAGCCAUUCCAGAUGUGUCCAGUGACAAUCUCCAACCCUCUGAACUGUGGCAUGCUGGGGCAGGAUGUGGUGGACUUGUCUUUUGACAAGCGGAUCUGUGACGACUUUCUUUACUUCUCCUCCAAUGUCUCCAGGAAGACCCAUGUUCUCAUCCUGGCCACGACCCGCAGCGGCAGCUCCUUUGUGGGUCAGCUGUUUAACCAGCACCAGGAUGUGUUUUAUCUGUUUGAGCCGCUCUACCACGUCCAGACCACCCUGCUCCCCCGCCUGUCCCACAGCAGGACGGCAGGCGACACCAGGGUGAUGCUGGGGGCUAGCAGGGACCUGCUCCGGAGCCUCUACGACUGUGACCUUUACUUCCUGGAGAGCUACAUCAAACCCCAGCCGGCCAAUCACAGUACAGACAAGCUGUUCCGGAGGGGAGCCAGCAAGGCUCUGUGCUCCCUGCCCGUCUGCGACGCCUUCAGUCCUGGAGAGUUGAACAUCGAUGAAGGAGAGUGCGUCAAGAGGUGUGGCGGUCUCAACAUGACGCUGGCGUCGGACGCUUGCCGGGAGCGGCGCCAUGUGGCCAUCAAGACGGUGAGGAUACCGGAGGUGAGUGACCUCAGGGCUCUGGUGGAGGACCCUAGGCUCAACCUCAAGGUGAUCCAGCUGGUUAGGGACCCCCGAGGGAUCCUGGCCUCACGCAUUGAGACCUUCAGGGACACCUACCGCCUCUGGAGGAUCUGGAGGGCCACUGGGAGGAGGCCCUACAACCUGGACCUCACCCAGCUUACCAUGGUCUGUGAGGACUUCCUGGGAUCUGUAACCACUGGGCUCAGCAAGCCCCCCUGGCUCAAAGGGAGGUAUAUGCUGGUCAGGUAUGAGGACCUGGCCAAGAACCCUCUCCAGAAGACCAAGAAGAUCUAUGAUUACUUGGGUCUGGUCAUGGACAAGAACGUAGGAGACUGGAUCCAGAACAACACUAGGGGAAGCAAUGAUCUGUCAGCCAAGCAUAAAUACGGCACUGUUCGGGACUCAGCGGCCAACGCAGAAAGCUGGAGGCUCAAAUUGUCUUAUGACAUGGUUGAUUACACACAGACUGUGUGUCAGCAAGUUCUACAGGAGCUGGGUUAUAAGACUGUCAGUUCGCCCGAGGAGCUGAAAAAUCUGUCUCUCACUCUCAUCGAGGACAAAACUUUUGUACCUUUUUUGUAGAAAAGCAAGGGCCAAUCACAACGCACAACUAUUUUUGUUAUAUUUACAUUGUUGCCUUCAUUUCCUCUCAGAUUUGCACUAAACCUCAGAAACCUUGACGACUCCUGUGGUAAGAUUUAAGACAUUCAGAACAGCACAAGAAACAUCAUUUGGGAAUGCUGUUUUAGAGAUUUUAGUAUCAAUGUUUUAUCGAUACUGAAGGGACACUAAUGUCAGGUUAAUUGACAUGAACAACCUACAGUGAAGCACCAUCCUACUUAAGAUCCCUGAAUGCUGACAGUUGCAUUGACAAAAGUGAAUGUUAAUAUUUGUACAUCAAGAAAACUGGACCUACUGUACAAUGUUGUUAGGGAAUGUACCUAAUCAUACCCAUAACUGAUACAUGCUGAGGUGUAGGCCUAUGACAAAACCAUGCAAUAUACAUUUGAAUGUUGCAGUCAAUUUAAAUGGUGUUGUUUAAAUGUUACAGAGGGUAAGAAUUAAGGAGUGGCGCUUUAAUCGUGUUGAUAUAGUUUAACUGAGGGUUGUCAAAUCCACCCUCACCAAAGGGUAAUGAGUGCCGGACAACAGUGAUUUUACAGAGGCUUCAUCCCAAAUGGCACCCUAUUCCCUAUCUAGUGCACUACUUUUGAUCAGGUUCCAUUGGGAUUUGGUCAAAAGUAGUGCACUGUGUAGGGAAUAGGGUGCCAUUGCAGACGCAAACAUAGUUUACCCUGAUCAUCCAAGUGUCAGCGAGGUGUUGGAAAUGUUUAGUUCGACUUCCCGGCCAACUACUGACGAUGUGGAGCAGGCAAGCAAUCGGAGACAGCUGCAGUAGCUGAUUAGUCUUAUACAGGUAAGCUAGCUCUGGUCUUCACAACAGUAUCAGGGUAGUGGAGUUUUCAAUCUCUGGAAGGAAUAGAAUUGAAUUGAAUAGAAUACAGUAGAAUACAGAAACUGACCAUUAUGCUGUCACAAUAAGUGAGGAAGGCCUUUGUUAUUAUCUAUUUAUUUAUUUAUUUUGAGUUAUUACUUUACAAACAUGUACUAAAAUAACUUACAUGAAACAGUGACAGGCUGGGAAAUGACCUUACCCAAUCCCCUUGGAAUCCUCUGAAAUAUUGAGGGGGUGAUGUUCAUAAAGUUGAGUUCUUUACUCGUCAAAGACACUGUUUUAAAACAUAUUUUCCUUUAUUAUUUUCCCCUAACCCUACCGUCCCUCCCCUUAUUGGAGUAAAUGAAUGGACAACAACACUUAGGCUUCUACUUCUCGCUUAUACAUACUAUAUACAUCUUACAGACACAGUAUA